UCUGAGGAGUGUCCUGAGACUAUGGUUUAUAACUAUAGCGUGAAGUACUGUAACCAGUCCUGCCGCUCGCUGGAUGAACCUGAUCCGCUGUGUAAAGUUCAGAUCACUCCUAUGGAGGGCUGUGGUUGCCCUGAAGGGACCUACCUCAAUGACGAGGAGGAAUGUGUAACUCCAGAGGACUGUCCCUGCUACUACAAAGGCAAGAUUGUUCAGCCUGGCAACUCCUUCCAAGAGGACAAAUUGAUGUGCAAAUGCAUUCAAGGAAGAUUAGACUGCAUUGGAGAAACUGUCCUUGUAAAAGAUUGCCCAGCUCCUAUGUAUUACUUCAACUGCAGCUCUGCGGGUCCUGGUGCAAUUGGAUCAGAGUGUCAGAAAAGUUGUAAGACGCAGGAUAUGCACUGUUAUAUCACAGAAUGUGUUUCUGGCUGCAUGUGUCCCGAUGGGCUGGUAUUGGAUGGCAGUGGAGGAUGUAUUCCCAAAGACCAAUGCCCAUGUGUCCAUGGAGGACACUUUUAUAAACCUGGGGAAACCAUCAAAGUGGACUGCAACACAUGCACCUGUAACAAAAGGCAGUGGAACUGCACAGACAAUCCCUGCAAGGGAACCUGCACUGUGUAUGGAAAUGGGCAUUACAUGAGCUUUGAUGGGGAGAAGUUUGAUUUCCUGGGAGACUGUGACUAUAUCCUAGCUCAGGAUUUUUGCCCUAAUAACAUGGAUGCUGGCACAUUCCGAAUUGUAAUUCAGAACAACGCCUGUGGGAAGUCACUCUCCAUCUGCUCCCUAAAGAUCACACUGAUUUUUGAGAGCAGUGAAAUCAGGCUCUUGGAAGGAAGAAUUCAGGAGAUAGCAACUGAUCCAGGAGCUGAGAAGAAUUACAAAGUGGAUCUCAGAGGAGGUUAUAUUGUGAUUGAAACAAAUCAAGGGAUGAACUUCAUGUGGGACCAGAAGACUACUGUUGUUGUCCACGUGGCACCAUCUUUCCAGGGAAAAGUCUGUGGCCUUUGUGGGGACUUUGAUGGCCGCUCACGGAAUGACUUCACAACCAGAGGGCAGUCCGUGGAGAUGAGCAUCCAGGAGUUUGGAAACAGCUGGAAAAUAACAAGCACCUGCUCAAAUAUAAACAUGACAGACCUGUGUGCUGAUCAGCCUUUCAAGUCUGUCCUGGGACAGAAGCACUGCAGCAUCAUUAAGAGUAACAUCUUUGAAGCCUGUCACAGUAAGGUGAACCCAAUACCAUAUUAUGAGUCUUGUAUUUCUGACUUCUGUGGCUGUGACAGUGUGGGAGACUGUGAGUGCUUCUGUACCUCAGUUGCUGCUUAUUCAAGAAGCUGUAGCAGAGCUGGUGUCUGUAUCGACUGGAGAACGCCCGCCAUUUGCCCUGUGUUCUGCGAUUAUUACAAUCCACCUGACAAACAUGAGUGGUUCUAUAAACCCUGUGGAGCCCCUUGUCUAAAGACCUGUAGGAACCCACAAGGGAGAUGUGGGAACUUGCUGUACAGUUUAGAAGGCUGUUACCCAGAGUGUAGUCCUGACAAGCCAUAUUUUGAUGAGGAGAGCAGGGAGUGUGUCUCCCUUCCCAACUGCACUUCAUGCGAUCCUGAGGAGAAACUAUGUACUGAAGACUCCAAAGAUUGCCUUUGCUGCUACAAUGGAAAGACCUACACCUUAAAUGAAACUGUAUACAGCCAAGUAUAUGGGACCAAGUGCGGUGAUGCUAUCUGCGGCCCUAAUGGAGAGAUCAUUAAAACACUUAUCCCUUGCAGAACACCAUCCACACCAGCACAAGAACUACGUAUGGAACCUGUAACAACUGCACCUCCAUUGUCAACAGUAGCCACUCCUUGCUUCUGCAAUGACAAUGGACAAUUGAUACAAAUGGGAGAAAAUGUUUCUUUGCCAGUGAAUGUAUCAGGUCAUUGUGCUUACUCCAUUUGCAAUGCAUCAUGUCAGAUUGAAUUAAUUUGGGCAGAGUGUAAGACUGGUCAUACUGAGGCCCUCAAGAUCUGUGAUCCAGACUCUGAAGCCUGUCCACCAACGUCUGCUCCUAGUGCAACAAGCCGCAUUACUGCCUCCACAGGGACUCCUGUGAGCGAUUGUCUUGGGCUUAUUCCUCCCAGAAAGUUUAAUGAAACAUGGAACUUUGGAAACUGCCAGAUUGCCACUUGCCUGGGAGAAGGAAACAGUAUUAAACUAUCCAGCAUGACUUGCCCUCCUCAGCAACUGAAACUCUGUGUCAAUGGUUUCCCAUUCAUGAAACGCUACGAUGAAACUGGUUGCUGUGAACUCUUUGAGUGUCAGUGUAUUUGCAGUGGAUGGGGAAAUGAGCAUUAUGUGACUUUUGAUGGAACAUAUUAUCAUUUUAAAGAAAACUGCACCUAUGUCCUCGUGAAGUCAAUUCAUCCUGACUCUCACAGCUUCUGGAUUCACAUAGACAACUACUACUGUGGUGCCAUUGAUGGAGCAAUUUGUUCAAUGUCCCUUCUCAUUUUUCACUCCAACUCUGUUGUUAUUCUGACGCAAGCAAUGGAACAUGGAAAAGAAACAAACCUGAUUUUGUUUAAUGAUAAGAAAGUUGUUCCAGACAUUUCCAAGAAUGGUAUCAGGAUAACCAGUUCUGGCCUUUACGUCAUAGUUGAAAUACCUGAAUUAGAAGUUUAUGUCUCCUACAGUCGACUUGCAUUUUACGUAAAACUCCCUUUUGGAAAGUUUUAUAACAAUACCAUGGGACUGUGUGGUACCUGCACCAACCAGAAGUCUGAUGAUGCUAUGAAGAGGAAUGGUGAGGUUAUCAAGUCCUUCAAAGAGAUGGCAUUAGACUGGAAAGUCCCAGAUCCUACCAACAGACACUGUAAUCCAGGUGUCUCAGAACCAGCUGAGAUUGAAUAUGAUCAGCACUGUGAGCCUGCCAAUCUGUGUAAAAUAAUCUGGAACUUGACCGAGUGCCACGGCGUGGUCCCCCCACAGCCCUACUAUGAGGCAUGUGUGGCCAGCGGGUGCUCAGAACGGCACCCCAGCACUAGGUGCCAGAGCAUGCAGACGUACGCAGCCUUGUGCGGGCUUCACGGGAUCUGUGUAGACUGGAGGAGGCAGGCGAACGGGCAGUGUGAUGCCAGCUGUUUUCAGGAUCAGGUAUACAAGCCAUGCGGGGAAGCAAAAAGAAACACUUGCUUCAGCAGACAAAUCACUAUGGACACCCUCCCCUCCCAAAAUAACACAUCAGUGUUUGUUGAGGGAUGCUACUGUCCUGAUGGAAAAAUUCUACUGAAUGAUCAUGAUGGCAUUUGUGUUUCUGUCUGUGGUUGCACUGCACAAGAUGGGUCAGUAAAACAGCCUAGAGAGGCUUGGGAGCAUGACUGUCAAUACUGCGCUUGCAAUGAAGUGACCUUGAAUAUCUCUUGCUUCCCCCGGCCUUGUGCUAAAUCUCCACCUAUCAACUGCACUAAAGAGGGUUUUGUACACACAAUAAAAACACGUCUGGAUGACCCAUGCUGUACAGAGACAGUCUGUGAAUGCGAUAUAAAAACCUGCAUUAUCAACAAAACAGCAUGUGACUUAGGCUUCCAACCAGUGGUUGCUAUAUCCGAGGAUGGUUGUUGUCCUAUCUUCUCCUGUAUACCAAAAGGUGUAUGUGUUUCUGAAGGAGUUGAAUUCAAGCCUGGGGCAAUGGUGCCUAAAAGCUCUUGCGAGGACUGUGUGUGCACAGAUGAGCAGGAUGUUGUGACACGGACCAACCGCAUCCAGUGUGUUCCAAUGAAAUGCCAAACCACCUGCCAGCAGGGUUUCCGCUAUGUGGAAAAGGAGGGUCAGUGCUGCAGCCAGUGCCAGCAAGUGGCAUGUGUAGCAAAUUUUUCAUUUGGUAAUGUGACGAUUGAGGUUGGAAAGAGUUAUAAAGCUCCAUAUGAUAACUGUACUCAGUAUACAUGCACUGAAUCAGCGGGACAGUUUUCCUUGACUAGUACAGUCAAGGUCUGCCUACCAUUUGAAGAAUCAAACUGUGUCCCAGGGACAGUUGAUGUGACUUCGGAUGGCUGUUGUAAGACAUGUAUCGACCUGCCACAUAAAUGCAAACGCAGUGUGAAAGAGCAAUAUAUAAUCCACAACAACUGUAAGUCAGCUGCUCCGGUCCCCAUGCCCUUUUGUGAAGGGACGUGCAGUACCUAUUCCGUGUAUUCCUUUGAGGCCGGUGAAAUGGAACACAAAUGCAUUUGCUGCCAUGAAAAAAGGAGUCACGAAGUGAAGGUGGAACUGGUUUGCUCUGAGCAUAAGACAGUCCAGUUCACGUAUGUGCAUGUAGAUGAAUGUGGAUGUGUGGAAACAAAAUGCCCAAAGAGGAGAGCAUGAGCAUAAACUAAAGGAAACAUUUCAGCUCCCAUUUAGUGCUUCCCUAGCAAGUGAGUAGUUUAGAAAACAGCUGUGAGUAACCUUCAAAUGACCAUACUUCUCUCUUGUGCUUUUUCCUUCUAGUAUUAUAUGCAAUUAUGGAAAUUAGCUAAAGAUUUUACUCUAAAUGUUUGUAGAAUAAACUGCAUUUCAAAGAG